AUGCAGAACACUCCGAAGAAGCAUUUUGGCGGCAAGAAGUUCAAGAAGGCCAAGGUUGAGCGCAAGGACAAGGCUAGUGGAUUUGAUGAAGUCCUUCAGGCCGAUAUCGACCAGCUCCUCAAGCGCAACCGCCCCGAAGCAGACCAAAAUGGCGACAAUAGCCCUGCGAAGCCCAUUCUCCCAGAGACGUUCACCGAGAUUGACGUGACGGUAUCCGAGAUUUCCUCGACGGGCGAUGGUCUGGCGCUUUCAGAGAAUGCAGACCAUGUCUUUGUGGUGCCGUUCACCGUUCCUGGAGACAAGGUUCGGGUUAAGGUGAUCCGGCAUCACCCUGCUCUGUCCUACAGUGUCACCGAUUUCCUCAGCGUGAUUGAGCCGGGUCCCAAGAGAAAUGAUGCACUGAUUGGAUGUGGAUACUUUAGCAAGUGCUCUGGGUGUCAAUUGCAGAUGAUGUCGUACGAGGAUCAGCUGGAGCAUAAGCGGCGCAUCGUGGAGAAGGCUUAUGCCAACUUCUCUGGGCUUAUUCCAGAAUUGGUUCCUACUAUCGGAGAGACAUUUCCCUCUCCCAUGCAGUACGGUUACCGCACGAAACUUACGCCGCACUUUGCGAAUGGCGCUGGUCGGAGGAAGAAGCAGGAGGCUGAAGAGGAUCCCGCCAAGGUUGAAGUUCCAGCUAUUGGAUUCACAUACAAGAAUCGAAGGACGGACCUUGAUAUCGAGGACUGCCCUCUAGGAACGGAUGUUGUGCGCCUUGGCCUCAAGAGUGAGAGGAAGCGUGUUGCUGAAAACAUCCGGUCCUACAAAAAGGGCGCAACUCUCUUGAUGCGGGAGUCCACCAGCCGAAUCCCCAAGACAGCACCCACCGAUAGCGAGGCCAAGAUCAACAACGGCUUAGUACCAACUCCUGGCGCGGACACUGGUGAUGUGAUCCGUGUUGAGCGAGAAAACUACAUUGAAGAGAAGCGCUGCAUUACCGACAACAACGCCACUUCCGUCGAAUUUGUCGAUGACUAUGUCUUCAGCAACAAGGCCGGUGCCUUCUUCCAGAACAACAACUCGAUCCUCUCCGGCUUCACCGAGUUCAUUCGUUCACAGGCCAUGCCUCCCGGUAACGACCAAGAUUCCAAGCCCAUCAAGUAUCUUCUUGAUGCCUACUCAGGCUCUGGCCUAUUCACCAUUACUCUGUCUCCGCUCUUCAAGUCUAGUCUUGGUGUCGAUGUUGCAGGUGAUUCUAUCACCUCUGCGCGCGAGAACGCCAAGGCGAACGAAUUGCCCAACACCGGCUUCGCUGCUGCUGAUGCCGCUGUCCUAUUCAAGGACGUUCCGUACCCGCCUGACCAGACCCUGCUUGUCAUUGACCCGCCGCGGAAGGGCUGCUCCGAGGAUUUCAUCAAGCAGAUGCUUGACUAUAAGCCUCGUCGCGUUGUCUACGUGAGCUGUAAUGUGCACACCCAGGCUCGUGAUGUCGCUGUCAUGGUGCAGGGUGACGAGACCAAGAACGUUCGCUACGAGAUCGAGAGCAUUCGUGGAUUCGACUUCUUCCCCCAGACUGGCCACGUCGAGGGCGUGGCUAUUCUUAACCGUACCGAAUUUCCCUCAAAAGAGGGAUCUGCUUGA